UAAGGUGAUUUACUUCGUCUUCUUCUGUAUCAAGUUGUUGCCUUUUGUUUAUGCAAAAAAAAUGGAAAAGAUAACAAAACCAUUUCAGAUUAUAACAAGUCUCUGGAAUUUAUAAUCAGAGAUUUGAGUUGUGAUUUUGUGAAAGAGGUGGAUACCCAUAAGCCCCAGUACCCACCCUACCCAACCUAUCACCUUACGCCAAACAGUACCCAAUCUAGAACAAGCUCAACAACAAAAAAAAGAAUAUAUAUAUUAUAUACAAAAAAAAAAACCAAAGAUCUUUUGUUCUUAUCCUUAUUCACCGCCUCACAUAAAUUUUUCUUCAUAAUUUAAGAAAUCCCAAGUUAUUUAUCAUCGAUUUAUGUUGAAAAGUUCAAAUCUUUAUGUAUUACAAGAUCUGGUUUUGGAUUUAACGAUUAUCGAAGAAGGAUUUGAGAUUUGGUGAACAAGUUUUUUUUUUUCUGGGAAGUUUGGUUCUUUUUCAACUUUUUGUAGAUCUGGUUUUGGAUUUAACGAUUAUCGAAGAAGGAUUUGAGAUUUGGUGAACAAGUUUUUUUUUCUUCUGGGAAAUGUCGCUUUUGCCUAAAAGCGACUCGAUUCACAUUCGAGAAGUUUGGAGUGAUAAUCUGGAAGAAGAGUUUGAUUUGAUUCGAGAAGUCGUUGAUGAUUAUCCGUUUAUAGCUAUGGAUACGGAGUUUCCUGGAGUUGUUCUUCGUCCGGUUGGGAAUUUUAAGAAUAGUAAUGAUUAUCAUUAUCAGACUUUGAAGGAUAACGUAGAUUUGUUGAAGUUGAUUCAGUUGGGUUUAACGUUUUCUGAUGAAGAUGGGAAUUUGCCCAAGUGUGGAACUGAUAAGUACUGCAUUUGGCAGUUUAAUUUCUGUGAUUUUAAUCCGAAUGAGGAUGUUUAUGCUAACGACUCGAUUGAGUUGUUGAGGCAGAGUGGUAUUGAUUUCAAGAAGAACAUAGAAAAUGGGAUUGAUGCUAAACGGUUUGGUGAGAUUUUGAUGUCUUCAGGGAUUGUGUUGAAUGAUAAUGUGUAUUGGGUUACAUUUCAUAGUGGGUAUGAUUUUGGUUACUUGUUGAAGAUCUUGACAUGCCAGGAUUUGCCUGAAACUCAAGAAGGUUUCUUCAAUCUGAUCAACAUGUACUUCCCUGUGCUUUAUGAUGUUAAGCAUUUGAUGAAGUUCUGCAACAGUCUUCAUGGUGGACUGAACAAGCUUGCGGAGUUGUUGGAAGUUGAGAGAGUUGGUGUCUGCCAUCAGGCCGGUUCGGAUAGCUUGCUCACAGCUUGUACUUUUAGGAAGUUGAAAGAGAAUUUCUUUAUUGGCUCACUUGAGAAGUAUGCCGGUGUCUUGUAUGGUUUAGGUGUUGUGGAGAAUGGAGUCCUCCAUUGAAGAACAAAAAAAUAAAAAUGUGUGAACUAUAGAAAGAUAGAUCCUUAGUGUUUGUGUGUGCUUAUGAUGCCACACUAAUGUAAACUUGUGAUAAGAGUGUUUGCUCUUCAUUUAUGAUACCACCCUUCUUUUGGCUAA